CGGGUCCCUGGGUUUGGAUCCACCCCUAUUGCCUUUGCUCCGCGUGGCCACGCCUGCAGCCGAGGCCCGAGCCUGGGCUGCGCCUAACUGCCCCCUUCGGCCCGCCCUCGAGCCAAUCACCAGCCUCGAAUCUCCUCUGGCCCCGCCUCCAGGCCCGCCCCGGCCCAGUCCCGGGCUUGGUUAGCCCAGGCCCCACCCCCGGCCCGCCCCGCCGUCGGUGCGCGGCGGUCGGGAAGGCGCCUCCUGCAGACGCUCCGAACUGCAGACCCGAGAGCUUCCCGCAGAGGGCUGGUAGUAGGAGCGGAGCGGGUCGGGCGGGGCCGGGCGGGGCCGAGCCGGGCCGUGGGCCGUGUGGGGGCCGGGCGGCGGCCGGGCCGGCGGACGGCGGGAUGGGCUGCACCGUGAGCGCCGAGGACAAGGCGGCGGCCGAGCGCUCUAAGAUGAUCGACAAGAACCUGCGGGAGGACGGGGAGAAGGCGGCGCGGGAGGUGAAGUUGCUGCUGUUGGGUGCUGGGGAGUCAGGGAAGAGCACCAUCGUCAAGCAGAUGAAGAUCAUCCACGAGGAUGGUUACUCCGAGGAGGAAUGCCGGCAGUACCGGGCGGUUGUUUACAGCAACACCAUCCAGUCCAUCAUGGCCAUUGUCAAAGCCAUGGGCAACCUGCAGAUCGACUUUGCCGACCCCUCCAGAGCGGACGACGCCAGGCAGCUAUUUGCACUGUCCUGCACCGCCGAGGAGCAAGGCGUGCUCCCCGAUGACCUGUCCGGCGUCAUCCGGAGGCUCUGGGCUGACCAUGGUGUACAGGCCUGCUUUGGCCGCUCAAGGGAAUACCAGCUCAACGACUCAGCCGCCUACUACCUGAAUGACCUGGAGCGCAUUGCACAGAGUGACUACAUCCCCACGCAGCAAGAUGUGUUACGGACCCGCGUAAAGACCACGGGGAUCGUGGAGACACACUUCACCUUCAAGGACCUACACUUCAAGAUGUUUGAUGUGGGUGGUCAGCGGUCUGAGCGGAAGAAGUGGAUCCACUGCUUUGAGGGCGUCACAGCCAUCAUCUUCUGUGUAGCCUUGAGCGCCUACGACUUGGUGCUAGCUGAGGACGAGGAGAUGAACCGCAUGCAUGAGAGCAUGAAGCUAUUUGACAGCAUCUGCAACAACAAGUGGUUCACAGACACGUCCAUCAUCCUCUUCCUCAACAAGAAGGACCUGUUCGAGGAGAAGAUCACACACAGUCCCCUGACCAUCUGCUUCCCUGAGUACACAGGGGCCAACAAGUAUGAUGAGGCAGCCAGCUACAUCCAGAGUAAGUUUGAGGACCUGAAUAAGCGCAAAGACACCAAGGAGAUCUACACACACUUCACGUGCGCCACCGACACCAAGAACGUGCAGUUUGUGUUUGACGCCGUCACCGAUGUCAUCAUCAAGAACAACCUGAAGGACUGCGGCCUCUUCUGAGGGGCAGCGGGGCCUGGCGGGAUGGGCCACCGCCAACUCUGUACCCCCCAACCCUUGAAGAAGAUGGGGGCAAGAAGACCACGCUCCCCGCCUGUUCCCCCGGCCGCUUUUCUCCUCUUUCCUCUCUUUGUUCUCAGCUCCCCCUGUCCCCUCAGCUCCAGAUGUAGGGGAGGGGUUGCCACGGGCCUCCCUGUUUGAAUCCUGCCCUUGUCUGAGGUGCUGGUAAUGGCCAUGGUACCCCCUUUCUGGGCAUCUGUUCUGGUUUUUAACCAUUGUCUUGUUCUGUGAUGGGGGAGGGGGGACAUGCUGAGUCUCCCAAGGCUGUGUCUGGAGGGGCCCCUGCUUCUCCAGCCUGGAUCCCCAGCUUUGCCCAACACCAGCCCUUGCCCCAGCCCAAGUCCAAAUGUUUACAGGGAGCCUCCUGCCCAGUCCCCUACCCCCCAGCCGCUCGGAGGCCCCAAAGGAAAAAGCACAAGAAGCGUGAGACGCCACCAUUCCUGGAGACCACAGUCCACCUACUCAUUCUCGUAGCUUUUUAAAAAAAAAAAAAAAAAAAAAGUAAAGGAAAAAAAAAAAACUGCAAAUCUAGAAAACUUUUUAGAGAAAAACUAUUUAAAACUAUCAGAUCCUGACCAGCAACCCCUCCAGCCCCCCUUCCAAGUGACUCCGUGCCUUGAGUGUGUCUGCGUGUUUACACCCGUCCCUCUGCUGGCCGCCCCUGUGCGAGCCGCAACCCUGCCCUGCCCUCCACAGAAUUGGGUUCCAAGGGCUGUUCCAGACAACUGCCAACGUCACUGAGGGCCCUGCCCCAGCUGCCCUGGGCCCAGGCUCCAUUAACCUAAAAUGUAGCUCCCUAGCGCUAACCUAGGAACCGCCGCUGCCUGCUGGGGGGCCACACCCCUCAUUCCCUUGUCCCAGGCCCGGGGCCUUCAGCGUUGAACACUUCCUUGCUUUUUUCACGUUUUAUGGAAUUGUUCACCUGGUUUGAAAUAAUAAAAUGUAGAAAGAAAAAAAA